AUGGCUCGCCGACCGAUCGUGGGUGGAAACUGGAAGUGCAACCCGGAGAGCAUGGCCAAGCUGGAUGGCCUUGUGGAGAACAUGAACGCCUGCGACGCCAGCAAGUGUGACAUUUAUGUUUGCCCCUCUCCUCUCCACGUGGCCUACGUCUGCUCCAAGGUCAAGGCGGGGAUCAACGUCUGCCCGCAGAACUGCAACUUCAAGGGCUGCGGAGCCUACACGGGUGAGGUUGCAGUCGAGCAGAUGAAGGAUCUGAAGAUCGAGUGGGUGCUGAUCGGCCACUCAGAGCGCCGCGAGUACUUCAAGGAGUCGAACGAGCUCCUGGCUGAGAAGAUGAAGCUCAUCCUGGAUUCCGGCAUGAAGUGCGUCUACGCCAUCGGCGAGAAGCUGCCGGAGCGCGA